UUUUCAAAUUGCGGUGAGAGGUAGCUAAUUUUUAGUGGGAGGAUACCGGAGCUUAAAAAUGUGGUAUUUUUGACUUCUUUGGCCUUAUGCUUUCGUUUUAAAAGUGUGUAAUCAAACAUUGGGAGUAAUUUCAAUGCCUAAAAGCUAAGCUUUAGCUAAUUUUCUACUUACGGUCUCUAAUAUCCAUUGAUGUAGAUGGCUCCUGCUGACGUGAAAGUUGUUCAUUCGUAAAAGUUUAAUAACGUGAGUAAUACAGAACACUUUCCAAAAUUUGGUUUCAAGGAAAGUAAGGACUCGGAAAUAAAGAAAGAUGAUUGGGGGAUUGUUCAUUUACAACCAUAAAGGAGAAGUGCUUGUUUCCAGAGUAUUUAGGGAUGACAUAGGGAGAAAUGCUGUUGAUGCAUUUCGUGUCAAUGUAAUACAUGCCAGGCAACAAGUGCGAAGUCCUGUGACUAAUAUUGCACGUACAAGUUUUUUCCACAUAAAAAGGAGCAAUAUUUGGUUGGCUGCUGUAACAAAGCAGAAUGUUAAUGCAGCUAUGGUAUUUGAAUUUUUGUUAAAAAUGGUAGAGGUAAUGCAGUCUUAUUUUGGGAAAAUAAGUGAAGAAAAUGUGAAAAAUAAUUUUGUUUUAAUUUAUGAGCUUCUUGAUGAAAUACUUGAUUUUGGAUAUCCCCAGAAUACCGAUACUGGGAUACUGAAAACUUUUAUCACACAACAAGGAGUAAAAUCUCAAACUAAAGAAGAGCAAACUCAGAUAACAACCCAAGUAACUGGGCAGAUAGGAUGGCGGCGAGAAGGUAUCAAAUAUCGCAGAAAUGAGCUCUUUCUUGAUGUGCUGGAAUAUGUUAAUCUUCUAAUGUCACCUCAAGGGCAAGUUUUGAGUGCUCAUGUUGCUGGCAGGGUUGUCAUGAAAUCAUACCUUUCUGGAAUGCCGGAAUGCAAAUUUGGUAUUAAUGAUAAAAUUACCAUGGAAAGUAAAGGGAAGAGCAGCACACUUGAUGAUCCAAGUCGCAGUUCAGGAAAAACAUCAAUUGCCAUUGAUGAUUGCCAAUUCCACCAGUGUGUGAAGUUGAGUAAAUUUGAAAGUGAGCACAGUAUCAGCUUCAUACCUCCUGAUGGUGAAUUUGAGUUGAUGAGGUAUAGAAUAACAAAAGAUAUUAGUUUUCCAUUUCGAAUUAUUCCACUUGUAAGAGAAGUUGGUCGUACUAAGAUGGAAGUAAAAGUCGUUUUGAAAUCCAAUUUUAAAUCUUCCCUCAUAGGACAAAAAAUUGAAGUCCGCAUUCCAACUCCACUUAACACCAGUGGUGUUCAGCUCAUUUGUAUGAAAGGAAAAGCUAAAUAUAAAGCUAGUGAGAAUGCUAUAGUUUGGAAAAUUAAACGGAUGGCUGGCAUGAAAGAAACCCAGUUAAGUGCAGAGAUUGAACUUUUGCAGACCGAUACCAAAAAGAAAUGGAAUCGGCCUCCAAUCUCCAUGAAUUUUGAAGUACCUUUUGCUCCUUCAGGUCUCAAAGUACGUUACCUGAAAGUAUUUGAGCCAAAACUGAAUUAUAGUGACCAUGAUGUCAUAAAAUGGGUACGGUAUAUCGGAAGAAGUGGCUUGUAUGAAACAAGAUGUUGAUGUCUGAGUUCCAUGAAUUACAUGUUUCUUGAAUGUGAAGUAGCUUGUGUAUGUUAUGAAAAGAUAUAUGGUACAGAAAUGUUGAUUCAGUUACAUUCUCUACAGCAGAGUAUUGUUCUAUAUGGGUGUAAUGUAUCUUUUGUUAUUGCUAAAGAUUUUUCUCAGCCUGUUAAAUGUAAGCACACAAAAUAUUUAGUGUUAGCUUCACUAUUGUUAUAGCAAUAAAAACAUGGAUAAUA